AUGGGUGAUAUAAAACUGAAUCCUACUGGGAUCCCUUUAACCCAAGUUGUAGACACCCUGCAAAACUUUGCAGGUCUAUCACUUGCAGAGUCUUGGGAUAAUGUAGGAUUACUUGUUGAACCUACAGAAACGAAAUUAGUUUCACACGUUCUUCUAACAAAUGAUCUUACCGAAGAUGUCAUGCAAGAAGCUUUAGAUUUGAAUACAGACAUGAUUAUUACUUAUCAUCCUUUAAUAUUUGCACCUAUGAAGUCAGUAACGACUCGUUCAUGGAAGGAGAGAAUUGUUGCCAAAUGUUUAGAAAAUAAAAUUGCCGUAUACUCUCCGCAUACUACUUUUGAUUCGGUAAAGGGCGGUGUAAACGAUUGGUUGGCCUCGGCAUUUGAAAAUGUGCUCGAGAAUAGUAAACCUCUACAAGUAAAUGCAAGUAAUAGUGAAUAUGGUGCUGGACGAAUGUGUACUUUAAAAAGUAAAAUCUCUAUUGAGGAUGCUGUCCAACGAGUAAAGGAAUGCACUGGUUUGAAACAUGUUAGAUUAGCUCGUGCUCGUCAAACAGACGGUUUUAUUAAUACUAUUGCACUUUGUGCUGGAUCUGGUGCAUCUAUUUUAAAGAACGUGCCCGCUGAUUUGUAUCUUACGGGGGAAAUGUUACACCAUGACGUUCUUGACGCUGUACACAAGAGAACUAAUGUGAUACUAACAAAUCAUUCUGAUUCUGAACGUGGUUUUUUAAAAAUAUUUGCAAAUUUCUUAAAUGGCACAUGGAAGAAUUCUGUAACAGUGUGUGUUUCCGAGAAUGAUACUGAUCCUUUAAAAACCGUUUAA